AUCUCGAAGUGCAUCAAACCAAUGGCGAAGAGGAGCGAGAAAGUGGCACGUCUACCAUGUCUACCAUACAAAUUGCAGUGAACGAUGCCUUAUCCCCGUCUGAAACAGUUAUGGACAAGAGAAGCGAUCUGGAAGCGCAUCGAAAUAUUGGCAAAGGCAAACAAGCAGGCACAAGCCCUUUACACAACUUUCCUUCUACCAUACAAGAACGAUCGAAUCAUCUUUCCAACCAUCAAUGGCGAGCUGACACCAAUGGAAAUAAAGAUACAAGGAGCCACGAUUAUAAUAGCUAUAGUGUGGGACGCCCUCUUAUGUUUAUACACCAUGAACCGGAGGAAGAAGUUCCGGAACAAGAAGUGCAA